GCAUUUUUCCAUCCGGAAACGACAUACCGUUUACUAAACUGCCAGUUUUUACAGUACCAUAAUAGAACUUGACUUAUGAUGCGAAGAAAUAAAAAACUGGUCGAGGGGGACCAAACUAAUGAAUGGAGAAAAUCAGGAAGUUUUGUGAAUAAGCCCCAAAGAGGGUGGCUGCAUCCAGAUAGCUCUGUAAUGGGACCUGGGGUGGUCUAUUCAGUACAGUAUCUUGGAUGUGUGGAAGUGAGACAGAGUAUGAGGACUUUGGACUUUGAUAUGAGAACAUUGGCAACAAAAGAGGCAAUUUGGAGAGUACUUGCCUCCACCGGGAUGUCUCCUCUUCCUCCAGCAGCGAACAGAAGUGGAAGAAAGAAACCUCCUAAAGAUGUGACAAGAAUUUUGGGUGAAAGACCAAACCUAAAAUUUUCCCAAUCCUUCAUAAAUCUGACAAUUUCAACUGCUAGUCUUACCUUGGUGGUUUCCAACACAGGGCAGUUUAUUGCCAACCAUCAAAUGCAAUCAAUAUCAUUUGCUUCUGGUGGAGACCCAGAUACUAUUGAUUAUGUUGCCUAUGUAGCCAAGGAUCCAAUUAAUAGCAGAGCCUGUCAUGUGCUCAAGUGCACAGAUGGUUUAGCCCAGGACGUAAUAAACACAAUCGGGCAAGCAUUCGAACUCAGAUUCAAAGAAUAUUUAAAGAAUCCGCCGAAAGCAGUCACCCCACCAGACCGUACCGAACCUCUAUUCCACGAUGGAAAAUCAAGAUGGGGGGACGAUGAACCUGAAUAUUACAACGAGAUUCCAGGAAAAUUAGCCCCUGAAUCUGGUCUGAAGAGAUUGGAUGACGGAUCAAAAAUAGAUGAAGGAGCAGUGGUUUACCCCAACCACCAUAACUCACAAGAAUAUAUUAAUAAUGGAAUGCAGAGCGAGUGUUCUGCCCCAACCCCCACACUUUCCACUCCCACCCCACGUAGAACUCCUCGCAAUUUCGAAGAUCACAAUUAUGUGAACACCUGCGUCAUGCCACAUGGACAAGAGGCAACACCAGCUUCUGUCCGUCCAAUGGCAAGCCCACAGCCAACUCCAGUUAUGUCACAUGAACUAUCAUCUGGUGGAGGUGGUGCCCUUGCCAUUGCAGCUGCCAUAGGCGUGUCACGUGAACAUACGCCAACCAAUCAAAAGCGCCCAUCUGUGGAUGCAUUUGACAUGCGACCUUUUGCAAACACCCUCAACCCACCUGCCACGCCCACCUCUGCCACCAACGCCCUCCAAUCAAAACCCUGGUUCCAUGGUCAUGUGACACGCAAGGAAGCUGAGCAACUCCUCUCCCACGAUGGCGAUUUCCUCGUCCGUGAAUCAACAACAACUAAAGGACAGUUUGUACUGAGCGGGGUACAAGACGGACAGUAUAAACACCUUUUACUUGUUGACCCCAAUGGAGUGGUUCGUACCAAAGACCGUCAGUUUGACAGUGUAAGUCACCUCAUCUCGUUCCAUAGAGACAAUACGUUGCCCAUAGUUUCCUCUGGUUCAGUCUUGUUGCUAAGGCAACCUGUCACAAGACAAAUCGAAAGAUAAAAUGCUUGCGUAAAUUUUAUUUUAUUCUCAUUCCUCUUUUUCUGUUUAUUAUUAUUAUUAUGCUGGUCGACUAUUUUCAAACUUGAAAAUACUUAAGUAUUGUGUGGUACUGCGCUGUACAUAUUGUACUCAAAAUUGGCAUUUUUUCUUGAAAAUGAUUUUCAUUUCAUUUUUUGCGAAUGAAAUAUUCUGCUGCUCUUCCAACCAUGUUCCAGUGCUCUUAGCUUCAUUUUCAAACUUCUUUAUUCAAAUUUUAGACAAAUUGCUAGCCCAAUGUAGAUUAUGUUUUCAACCCGUUUUUUUGCAUCUAUUUUAAUGCUUCCAAUUUCUGCUUUAACUGUACAAUUAUGCAUUCAAUGUACAUGGUUAACAUUUGCAAUGAACACUGGAGUUUUAAGUUUUUAUUAACUGUCUAGCAAUCGUUUUUCUGAUAACCCAAAUAUUGCUAUGUUUUAGAAAUUUUUGCAAGUUAUCAUGUUUGCAUAAUCUUUUUUUGUAAAUUAACUUGAACUAACACUCUAUAACACUAUAUCUGAAUACUUUGCAAUCAUUAUUUAUACCUUUUUUGUGAAGGUAUAAUGCAAAUAGAUCACCAGUUUUGAUGUCAAUCUGAUAUGAGUACACAAAUUCGGAGUUCCUUUUUUGCUUUCCUAAUAAACUAGAGAGAAAUUAUCUCUAUUUAACGAAAUACCCAAUUUUAAUUUACCCUUCAAAGAAAAAUAUUGGAUGUGUCUUGUAAUUAUACAUUACUGAAUUCUAUUAAUAAUGAAGUGCACAUGCUUAUAAUUUAGGGAUCAGUAAUGUAAAAAUAUUCAUAUGACUUGGAUUACUAAACUGUUGUGGUUUUUCUUGGUUUGUUGUAUUAUGUGCAGUGCGUUAAACUCUUUGUAAAUACACGUACACGACCGAGCAG